UAGGACAACUCAAACUGGAGAAAUAGGACUGGAAGAAACCCUCACUGAAGAAGACUUGACAGACACCUGACAGAUUGACUAGGAAAUAGGAUGGAGAGAAUGGCUAAUGAAGAAACACACUCUUUGUGUGGACGGAACCGUACAUAGAUAAGUACUAUUUACAUAUAUUCGGUACAAAACGUAAAUCUGAAAAUUUGACAUGAGCUGUUUAAUAGUUUUGCUUUGAUUGAAGUGAUAACAGAAACGCAGUACACCAGGAGACGGGUGGUACAUGUAGAGGUACAGAAACAAACGUGAGUAUAGUUUUAACUUUCCGCGACAGGUAAGUAUGUUUUUCUUACUAAGCAAGUGAGCAUCCCUGGAGCCAAAAACGAGAAAAGGUAAGACUCCAAUGACCCACCCCAGACCCCUCCCCUCAUAUUAGGUGUGUUAAACAUAGGAGUAGGCCAACAUUGAUAAAAACUAUGUAUAUAUAUACGUUAUUUUGAGAGAAGUGUCUUACACUAUUUUGUGUGUGUUUAGCGAUAACCACAAGUACUACUCCUGGAACAACACCGACGACUAAAGGAUCAACUCCCCCUGUGAUUGGUGACCGUCCCUCUGCAGGACUAGACGGCGACUGUGGAGAACACUCGAGUCGGGCCAUUUGUACAGUGGGACACAGUUCCUGUGUUAAUAUCGGCAGACAUUGGACAUGUCAGUGUGUCCGAAAAUACAUACAGAAAGAUUCGUUAUGUAUCCCUAUUCCCACAAGCAUACUGGAGACGGACUAUCUAUUUAUCGUUCAGUCAGAUGCAUCUAUUGACACGGAAGUCGGACAAAUCACUUUGAUCAAUGUUGAUGGAAUUGACGUCCACAGUACAUUCGAAUUACUGCCAGAUUCCGGAGGAUUUGGUAUCAGUAGAGCAAAUCCAAAGUCUGUGACUUUAACGAAAACUGAAAACACAGUUUUUAUCAAUCCUGUCCGACUUACUUUGAUUGUGUCGUCCAUUCUAUCUGAUAGCACAACAAUCACAGAUUAUGCUGCAGUUACCAUUUAUCCAAACAUAACUUCUGUUGAGACAAAACACAUCACCGUAGCCGAAGGAACAAGACGUGGGAGUUUUGUAACUGAAGUUCCAGGAGUAAACAAGUACAUUGGUGCUGAAAAUCUAGCGUAUAAAAUGACUGGAAAAUACAGCGAUUUCUUUCAUGUGGACAAUCACGGAGAUAUUUAUUGCGCAAAAACUAUUUCGUUUGAAGACAUGAACCAAGCAGAGGACAUAUAUGCUUUUGUCACAGAAUUAGAUAUCGGCAUGACAAUAACUAUUGACGAAACAAAAAUGGUCACAAAACUGUCUCUUCUGGUUGUUCGGGAUACGUUCAGUCAGACAAUCCCAGAAGACACUCCUGAAAAUAUAACUGUCGGAAGAUUUGGGUCGGACACGCCAUACAAUCUGUUCGAUUUUAACCUAACAGAUACUUCUAUACAAUCAGUGUUUUUUAGAUACUUUAAUUUCAAUUCUCUAUCCGGUACUAUACAGAAGUCAUCCUUUCUUCUCGACUUUACAAACACAAACGCAAGAGAAUUCGAAUUCGAAAUCCGCAUUAGGUGGAAAUCUACAAUGGACUUUAUCAGAGUGCCAGGUAAAUUAACAAUCAACGACGUAAAUAAUCUCGCUCCUAAGUGCGUCGAGCCGGUAUCCGUUUUCCAGGUGAUCUCGGGAUCUCCAUCAAGGUCCUAUAUAGGUGCGGUACAGGCAUCUGAUGUAGAUACUGUAGGUACAGUAAGCUAUAUUAUAGAUGACGCGGAGUACUCUAAAGUAUUUGACAUAACUCGUCAAACUGGGGUCAUCACUGCCAAGCAGGCGAUGACUGCGUCUCUAUUGGGAGAUAGAGUCAGUUUCACUGUCGGAGCCAGUGAUGGCUUUAAAACAGUAGAAUGUCAUGUAGUGGUUGAGAUACUGAAGCUGAGUAAUGAGAACGCAAAUCUAAAUUUGAUUUUCAAUGGCACGUUACAAGAGGAGACGCCUGCGCCUGCUCUGGUCGCAAACGUCUUUGUCCGGAACUAUACUAACUUCAAAUUCAUUACCACGAAGGACGAGGAAAAUUUCGCACUAAAUUCCACAACUGGGGAGGUAACAUCUAAAGUGAAACUCGAUCGAGAGAAGCUUCCGCUCGUGUUCCGUGACAACAAAGUAACGUUUGGGAUCCAGGCCAAUUUAGACGACGAAGAUUCAUGCACAAUCACGAUAAUGGGAGAACUGACCAUCACAGUAACAGAUAUUAACGACAACCCACCCUGCUUUGUAGGAGACGGUAAUUGUACAGUGACAUUUCAAGGCAGUGUAAUGGAAAAUGUGACCGGGAGACAGGACGUCAAACUAAAGGAUAACCGGGAACUAAAACUAUUUGAUCCGGAUGAGACUGAUAAUGGUGGUUUGACGGUAACACUUGAUCCGAAUGAUGGAAAAUUAACAACAGAGGUUACAAACAAUGUUGUGAACAUUUUUUCCGACCACAUUUUUGACCGAGAGGAAACAGACCACUUUAGUGUAACACUUCGUGUAAGUGACACGGGUGGCCAUACUGCUACUGCUUCCCUAGUAAUUACGAUCGAAGACAAGAACGAUAACCCACCGGUAUUUAUCAACCAGCCAUACCAAUACAGAAUAUCGGAAGACGAAGCUGUUGGAUUCCAUGUUGGGGUUGUAAGUGCAUCCGAUCGGGACACUGGACAAAACGCCGAGAUUCUGUAUUCACUGUACAGCAGUUAUUUCAGCGUGGAUGAGAGGACAGGGAACAUAACGGUCAAAGGAACGCUUAAUCGUGAAUCGAUCCCAAGUUUCAAUGAUACUUUGUUAGCCAAAGACAACGGUCAUCCAAGUCUUACAGCCACAACUUCAGUGUUUAUCCAGAUAUUAGAUGUUAACGACAACGCACCAGUAUUUACACAAAAUGAGUACAGAUUCAUUACUGACGAAAACAACGACUGCAAUGUUUCACUUGGCUCAGUGAAUGCAACAGAUCAGGAUAUCGGUAAUAACAGUAAGAUACAUUUUACAAUCUCUUUCUCUUCACGAAAAUUCAGAGUAAACAAAGACGGAGAAAUAUUUUGCGUAGGAGCAGGUCUAGACUACGAAGACAGCCCAAAUCAAAACUUCGUCGUUACAGCCACCGAUGAUGGUAUUCCUAGCAGAAGUUCGUCGACUCAUGUUGUGAUUCAAGUGAUCGACAAAAACGAUAAUGCUCCUCUCUUUAAAAACAACGUUACAGUUGUGAACGUUACGGAUACAGAUUUUAACCCUCCAAAACUUGUAGCCUUGCUGGAGGUGACGGACAAGGAUUCAGGAGAUAACAAACGAUUCAGGUUCACCAUUUGUCCUGAAUACAAUAAAUCAUUUACAGUAAAAGAUACUGGUGCUGUAUUUACAACGUCUCAAAAACCGAGUACAUGGCCCAGGCUGGAGUGUAAAGUGACCGUCACAGAUUAUGGAAGGGAACCGCUGUCGUCUUUUGCAUUCAUCGAAUUCUAUGUCGUCGACAAUUCAGGUGGUGGUGGUCAAUCGGGAGUAGUUUUCAACAGCAGUAACUUUACUUUAAAAGUUCAAGAAGUAUAUAAUAGAACUGAAGAUAUUGGCAGUCUAUGGAUUCAAAAUAAUCGGACAUCAAAUGUUACAUUUGCAUUGAUUAGCUCGGUGGAUGGUGGUAUCAAUAACAAUAACCUAACCACUGAUUGUGCGUCUUUUUACCUCGAUCCUUUGAGUGGAAAAGUCACGAAGAAUGGAAUCCUGGAUAGAGAAACAAAGGAUUUAUAUACAUUUUUGGCAUCCGUUCAAGAAAAUAUGGAUAAGGAUUUAACGCUGGUUACUAUCAACGUGGAAGAUGUAAACGAGCCUCCAGAAUUUGUGACCAAGCUGAAGCAAUUCGACGUAGAUGAGGAUGUCCUGGGGGAUAUCAUAUCCAAAGCAGACUCAGCCAUAGCAGUGGACCGUGACCUCGGUGAAAAUGGUACUAUGGUCUUCAGUCUGAAAAAGCAGGAACCGUUACAAGACGGCCAGUUCAACUUUAAGGUGAAUGAUACAAAUGGUGACAUAUCGGUGGUGCUUGGUCUAGACUACGAAACUGUGAAACAGUAUAACAUCACAAUGGAGGUUGGGGACAAGGGACAUCCACCAUCAGAUCCUAUUACUCGAACAUUUAACGUUUUGGUGAACGAUGUCAAUGACAACGCUCCUACAUUCGUCAACACAAGCAGCAAAAAUGGAAAAUGUCUAUAUGACAUUAAAGUUUACGAAAAUGAAACUGCAGAUUCCAUAGUUCUAGGUUUUUCAAUUAAUGACGAGGAUGGGAAGACAUUCUUCAAAACGAGCGAACUGACUGUUAAUAACCAAGAUGACUGUCCUCUGAAACCAGUUACGUAUGGCUUCCCAACAAUGUCACUUUUGAGUGAUGGGACUCUAGAUUACGAAACACAGCAGGCAUAUGACUGCGUCAUAACGGUGACCAAUGUAGCGCCCCCUCGACUCUCCAACAACUGUUCGGUACACGUCAGCGUCCUAGAUGUAAACGACAACGUUCCUCAAACACACGGCCCCUACAGAGUCAACGUCACUAACGGAAAGAUCAAUGACGUCGUCCUAAUUAUAAAUGCUACGGAUAAAGACAGUCUAGAAAAUAGUCGGCUUGUGUAUCAAUUCGAUAAGGAGACAAAUGAGACAUCCUUUUUCAAAAUUGAUCAAAAUGAUGGACGUAUCACAAUUAUCAAAGAUCUCUUUCAAUUUACAUGCCCUGUAGCGUCCUUUGUUGUACGGGUUUCCGACAAUGGCUCUCCAGUCCUCUCUAACACCACAACGGUCACACUUAACAUUAUAAGUAAUAACACACAGCCUUGGUUCCAAGGACCCGACGGCACGUGCAGCGACACACAACGCCCUUACCCCAAAUAUUCACUUGCCAUAGAGGAAGUAUUCGGUCCUGUUGACGGUAUGACAGCAGACAAGGAGCUUCUCGCCAUUACAGCCUGCGACAAAGACGACGGAAAGUUCGAGACAUGUAACUGUUCAUACGACAUCGUCAAUGGUGGAGAGAAUUAUUUUGAUAUAAACAAAAGUACUGGCAUGAUACGUCAGAUAAGACCGGUUAAUAGAGAGAAAACUCCGUAUUUCCUGUUGACUAUAUCUGCCGUAGACCACGGAAAACCACCGAGAACGUCACGGAAUAAUGCCUUCCUAAACAUAACCGUCAAUGACCUGGAUGACAACCCGCCACGAUUCGAUAAAAACUCCUUCACAUUCAACGUAUCCAACAAUCACCCUGUCGGAGAGACAUUCGGACCAGUCCGAGCUAAGGAUCCGGAUUUCGGAAAAAACAGCAGUGCCACCUACAGUGUAGAAUUUACCCAGGAGAGUCCCUUUAUAUAUAACGAAACCACGGGAUAUUUCGAAAUUUCUGAAUCACUAACAAACAUGACAGACCAGACAUUUUUUAUGGCGUUAAAGGCGACGGGUAUAACAACACCAACACCAGCAUUUACUGCGAUCGCCUAUGUCGAAAUCACGGUCUACUUCGAGGAUCCUAAUAAAUCUACGCCAAAGUUUAAUAAAAGUAUUUUUGUAAACACCUUCCCAUUCAGCGCCAGGAAAGGUUAUCAUAUCGGGACGUACACAGCUGUGGAUACCGACAAAGGCCGAUUUGGUGAUAUAACGUACCACUUGGAAAGCAACUAUUGGGACACAUUUAUAGUCGACAGUAAAAAGGGAAACAUAUCCCUUCUGUAUGACGUCAUCAACGCGAUACCCUAUUACAUUAGAACUAUGAACUUGACGUUAUGGGCAACAGACGGCGGCGAACCACCCAAGUCUGGGUCUUGUGUAAUCCACUACACCUUGGCGGGUCUGGAAAACAAGGAGUGUUCAGCAAGAAUUGGGUCCACUCCGGCCCAGCAAACAUCGGAUCCGUACGAAAUUCCGCUGUACGCAGCCAUAGCGGUCGCCGGCUGUCUGUUACUGGUACUCGUCAUCGGCUUUCUGGUAAUGUUCUCCAGAAAUCGGGAAGCAUUCAAUAAAUACCAAAUGACCCAGAAACGAUUGUCAACCCUAGAUAACGCUUACGAACUAAAGAACGAGAGCUAUCAACGUCUAAGCAAGACCAGAUCUAGUGGAGAGUACAACAGAACUUACGACUCCAGAUUGGAAGAGAGAGACACAUACCAGAGAGGCUAUGAUCAACUGGACGACUAUGAUCGUGCAUAUGAUCCCGAGCCCGAUUACGAUGCUACAGGAAUAUAGUGAUAAAUGACAAUUAAAAAGACGAAAUUGAUAUCUAAACAUCAUUAUAGUUAACAUGUUACUUAAAAUAAUAUGUUAUAUAUAUGCCUUUAAAACACCAUGUAUAUAUUUCAAUGUGUUACCUCUUGAACUCAGACAUAUGAAUACCGGUUUAUAUUUAUAUAUAUUUCGUAUCAAUUUGUCAUCCAAUUAAAGAUUUUAGCGUAGAUGGUAAUCAAAUGUAAGUAGCAUAUAACCUUAAAUAUUAAUAUAAAGCAUGCAAUGUGUUUUAAUCAGCAACAAAAUAUUUGACGCUGUUAAUUGAAUCGUAUGCAUUGGCGCCUGCUCAAAUUCAAUAUCCAAAAUUCAGUUAACCUAAAUUCACAUUUUAGCAAUGUAUUUGAAAAAAUGAUUAUAUUAUUGAUUUGAGGAUAAAAAAAUUGUCAUAAAAGAACAUUUCUGCAUUAUCAUAGAUUCAUAUAAAGGAUGUUUUUUCAUCGAGGAAAAUAAUUAAAAGGGCUCAAUCAUGCAUUCUUUCAAUUUAUUCGAAACUAUGUCCCUCCAUGGGAAAUGUAACUUGUAUCAUAAAUAGAGGUUAUAAAGAGUGCAAUGUUAUGACAUUUAUAUUAGUUUUAUGUGCUUGUGUGAAAAGGACAGUAGUUGGUGAAGUAAUCAGCCUUGUUCAGUUAAGUCUCUUUGCAUAAUAAAUACUUGUGGAUUGUAUAUUUGAUAUGUACGUGUAACUUAAUCAAGAUUUAUAACUAGGUAUUCUAUAGAAAUUGUUUUAUUCACUUGCUGUAAAAUACACCUGUAGACUAGUUUAUGUUUCGUUCCAUAUAGAUUUUACAAUUUUUCAUUUGUACAAAUACGACAUUCAGAAUAAAUUAAUGUAUAAACAUG